AUGAAUGCAACUGUUAAAAGACCACUUGGGCUAUUGAUCUUAUUGUUUUGGAGUUACUUUUUCACUUCGCUAGCUCGGAGAGCCAUACAGAAUAUAUAUCAUAUAAUCCCAGUAGAAUAUAAAGGAACUAAAUCAAAUACUCAUUUAGGCUCCAUAAUUACUGCUCAAACAUUGGGUUAUACAGUUACAAAAUUAAUUGGUGGGAUUCUUAUGGAUCACUUAAAUCCACUUCGAAUUUUUAUUUACUCUCUGAUUUCAGCCUCAGGUUCACUUUUUCUUUUAUCGGUUUCAUCUCACCAAACAGUUUGGUUAGUAUCCUAUGGAUUGACCGGUUUAGCACUUGGUUCUAGUUGGCCAGCCAUAUCAAAGACACUUCGUACAUCUGUGGCUUCUCAGGAAUUAGCCACUUGGUGGGGAUUAAUAUCAUCGUCUUCUAACCUAGCUGGUUGUAUGGGUUCUUGGAUAUCUAUUGUUAUUUCUUCUUAUGCAACGAUAUUCCUCGGUGAUUUGGCAUGGAGAGCUCCGUUCAUUUUUGUUGGAGUAUGUUGCAUAAUAUCAGCUUUACUUCUUACUGUUUAUCUGCGUUCGCGAACCAUUGAUACUGUAAAUGAAAUCAAUUUUAAGACUAUACCAACUAAAAAUUUUAAUCCUUCUAAAGUAACAAUAUCUAACCAAUUAUUGGGGAAGCAUCUCAAUUCAGAUAUAAAACACAAACGCUGUGAUGAUACUUGUCAAAGUUUAAUGUCCACUUCAAAAUUGGUUCAAAACACUUAUGAUACAAGUAAUCAAGAAAGGUGUUGUAAUAAAAAAACUAACCGAUUAUCUAACAACUGUCAAGAUAAAGAUUUUACUGAAAAUGACGAUAAAGGCGUGACAAUCCAACCCAAUAAAGUGAAUAUUACCAAUCAAAUAUCAAAAUUGUUUCGUACUUUAAGCCUAAAACAACGUUUAUUGUUGGGUUCCUCUGCUGGUGUUCACAUGUGUGCUACAUUUUUACGUUAUGCAAUCGGCGAUUGGCUUGGAAUUAUGCUUUUAAAUAAUAAACAUGUUUACUCACAAAAUACUGCUUACUUAGUUGCCAGUAGUUACGAAUUCGGUGGGAUAGUUGGGUCUACGUUAGUUGGAAUAGUAGCUGACUUGAAAAUGAUUUCUAGAAUUUCUUCAUGGCCAAGACGUCGGAUUCUAUUAAUAAUUAUACAAAUGUUAAUUGCUAGUGGUACAUUAAUGUGUCUGAGUUGGAUUACCAACCAUAAUGCUUCUUUAACUAUACUCCUCAUUAUCAGCUUGAUACUUGGUAUUACUGUUAUCGGGACAAUUGCUUUAUGUGGUGUUCUAGCUGUUGAACUUGCUCCACCUGCUUUUAGCGGUACUGCACAUGCGUUGAGUGCUUUGACUGCGAAUUUUGGUGCUAUCUUGGCUGGUUACCCAUUUGCUCUAUUGGCUGAAUAUAUCAACUGGUCUGGUGCCUUUCUUGUUGCUGGGAUAGUAUGCGGACUCUCAGUUAUCCCACUUUCAUUUUUUUGA